GGCUCUUCCGGUUUCGUCUGCGCUUGUGUUGUUCAGUCCGCUCGCGCCAUUUUCGUCGUCUUUCGCAAAGUUCUCUCUUGUUGGCGUCUGUGACUGGAUGCUGUGUCCGUGAAGGUUGGCCCUAGGGUGAGAGAGGAGGCCCCCGGGCCUCGGGACACCCAGGGUGGCGGGACUGGUGCCCAUCAGCCUAGUGGGAGCUGAGAGCCUCUGGACCUCGGGCCGGCGGGAGCUGAAGUGCAGAUCAUGUGUAGAGAGUUUUGAGCAGAAAAAUACAGGACCAAGCUAUGCCAUUUCUCUCAUGACUUCACUCCAUUCACCUUCUCUCCCAGCUAUCUUUCCAGAGCCUUGCAUGUGUUUCCAAGAGCAAGAGAAAAUGGAUAAAUGUUUGGGUUUGGUGUCAUUUGAGGACGUGGCUGUGAACUUUUCCUGGGAGGAGUGGCAGGACCUGGAUGAUGCUCAAAGGACCUUGUACAAAGAUGUGAUGCUGGAGACCUACAGCUGCCUGGUGUCCUUGGGGCACUGCAUUACCAAACCUGAGGUGAUCUUCAAGUUGGAGCAAGGAGCAGAACCAUGGAUGGUAGAACACUCAAAGCAUAACCUUCCAGAUGUCCAGUUAGAUGAUGAUGUAAUUGAGAGGAGCCAGGAAAUUCACUGUAGACAUUUGUGGCAAGUUGUAAUCAACAACAGCAACACAACAACUAAGGAGAGAGUUGAAUUAGAAACACCAUUUAAUUUCAGCUCAAAUCAUAUUUCAAAACUGAUUAUAAGCAAUGGGAAUUAUUCAGAAAUGAGGCCUGAAGAUGUUAGUUUUUAUCAGAACAUACUUUUUCCCCGUAAUGAUGAGGAAAUGCAUGCUGGAGAGAAGCAUAAUGACCAUACCAUAACUGGGAAAUCCCUUAGACAUUAUGAACAUCUUAGUGGACAUCACAAGAUUCAAACUGGGCUACACCAUUUUGAAUAUGGUGGACAAAGGAAAGUGUUCAGUAUGGAUUCAGUAUUAACAAAUGAGGUUCAUAGGAGAGAGCCCUGUAAAUAUAUUGAAUAUGAGAAAGCCUGUCAUAUGUCAGCUUUCAUUGCCCAAGAAACAACUCAUGUACAAAGGAAAUACUUUGAAUGUAAUGUGUGUGGGAAAACAUUCUAUAAACAGUAUAAACUCACUAAACAUCAGAUAAUACACACAGGAGAGAAACCCUACAAGUGUGGUGAAUGUGAGAAGUCCUUCAUUAUGAAAUCAUAUCUUACAAAUCAUCAGAGAACACAUACAUGGGAAAAGCCCUAUGGAUGUAAGGAAUGUGAGAAAUCCUUCUGUCAAAAGUCAGGCCUUAUUAUGCAUCAGAGAAUCCACACAGGAGAAAAGCCCUAUGGAUGUAUCGAGUGUGGAAAAACCUUUUGCCAGAAGUCACACCUCAGGAGGCAUCAGAGAACUCACACAGGUGAGAAACCCUAUGAAUGUAAAGAAUGUAGGAAAGCUUUCACCUGUAAGUCAGCACUCAUUGUACAUCAGAGAAGUCAUACAGGAGAGAAACCCUAUGAAUGUAAAGAAUGUAGGAAAACUUUUAACAAGAAAUCAGCUCUCACUGGUCAUCAAAGAACUCACACAGGGGAAAAACCCUAUGAAUGUAAAGAAUGUAGGAAAACUUUCUCCCGUAGAUCAGCUCUCAGUGUACAUCAGAGAACUCAUACAGGGGAAAAACCUUUUGAGUGUAAUGAAUGUGGGAAAACCUUUUUCCAGAAGUCAUACCUCAGCAGUCAUCAGAGAACUCACACAGGUGAGAAACCAUAUGAAUGUAAAGAAUGUAGGAAAACAUUCUACCAUAAGUCAGCCCUCACUGUUCACCAGAGAACUCACACUGGGGAAAAACCUUAUGGAUGUAACGAAUGUGGAAAAGCCUUUUGCAAGAAGUCAAAUCUCAAUGAACAUCAGAGAACUCAUACUGGGGUAAAACCCUAUGAAUGUAAAGAAUGUAGGAAAACUUUCUCCCAUAAGUCAGCUCUCACUGUACAUCAGAGAACUCACACAGGAGAAAAACCCUAUGAAUGUAGUGAAUGUGGAAAAACAUUUCAUCGGAAAUCAAACCUUAGAAAUCACCAGAAAACUCACAAGGUGAGUAACCAUACAAAAAAUGUAGGGAAACUUUCUUCCAUAAGUUAAUAUUCACUGUACAUAACAGAAUUUAACAUGGGGGGGGAUGCAUUAUGAAUAUAAUGAAUGUGGAAAGUCCUUUUACAUAAGUUAUACCUCAGUAGGCAUCAAGGAACUGACACAAUGAAGUAAUCUUAUAUGGCAGAGACUGGCUGGGUAUCCUCCAAAACCCACUUUACUCUAUGCACAUGUGGCCUUCAUUUCUGUACCUCUUUAUUAUGUGUGGUACCUUCUAACUGAACUCUGCAGUAGUAUAUGGAUGCAAGUGAUGAUCAUUACUUCCAGACCUGGCCCACAUGACACUUUUAUAUAUAUAUUUUCCCCCCCUACUUUCUGAUGUCCUUUUGUACUGAAAUACAGAUGAUCCCCCCUCCCCCACCGCAGGAUGGCCCAGGGAGCUGUGGUUUGGUGAAAGUCAUUGAGAUUUAAGAUAAAAGGAAUUGAUUGCAGAAAUCAGAAUUAUUCUUACCUCUGUCCUCAAAGUCUCCAUUUGUAGUUUACAUCAAUGAAAAAUAAAUACCUACUAUGUUGAGGCAUUGUGUGUUUGAUCUGUUUGUAUUACAACAUAAACAGCCCACUGUAGCUAAUUCACUUUAUGAACAUUUUGAGAGAAGUCACCAGUGUGUAUUUCAAACAAUUGAAAUGCGAAAAAUACUUGUACUUCCACCUUUUAUCUCCAAGUUUGUGGGGAAAAUAAGUAAAAUGUAGAGAAACUAGGCAGCAAGUUGGAAAUGUUAUAUUA